UUUUCCUCGAAGUUUCCUGUGGAGGACCACUCUAUCAUUGCUGUUGGGUGUCUAUGGAAGGGCAACUCUAGGCUGGGCUGAUUGGGGCAUUUGGAGAACAUGGUCAAUCCAUCUGCAUCACCAGAAUUGCUGAGUGAUGGGUUUUGUACCCGCAGUUUUGUGCAGCUCAGUGCCAGAGAUAAUGUUAGGCAAAAAAGAUUCAAAGAAUUCUUUGCAGGCAUCAGUUCUUGAAGUUAUCCUUUGUACUCUGUCACAGUUCUUUGCUCCACCUCACUGUCACCUCCCCCUCUCCUCCCUCUUUUCUAAGCUCAUUAUCUGUAGACAUGUUUGAACUUAAUAUUCUUUUCAUGAACAGGGAAGGUGAAUGGGAUUUUUACUGGUGUGAUGUUGGCUGGAUGAGGGAAUACUUUGACCAUACUUAUAUGGAUGAACAUGUCAAGAUCUGCCAUUUUAGGAAUCAUUAUGAGGUGAACAUAGUUACAAUUAUAACUACUGCAUUAUUAGGAAUUACUGCUAGUCGAGUAAUUUAAGAUUUCUCUGUGAAAACUUGUGGAGUGUUAGUAGUUCUGAGUUCUUUUGACUGCCCUUAAUUCCUAUGAUCUCAUUAGUAAUUUUCCUUACUGUCUGCUUUACAAUUCUUGUGACAUUAGCUUGGAGAGUUAGGUAUUGGAUCAACUAAUAAUGACCCCCAAUUGGUAUUCUUCAUUAUUCUCAUCACUUGUCUACUUAAAAUUAUAUUGAUAUUGUGUGGAGAAAUUCUGGCUAAUGGCCACUUAUGAGAGUUAAAGAGACAUUGAGACUUAAUAUCUAAACAUAUUACUAUUGAUAUUUUUCUUGUGGAAAGUAAUUUAUCCCGCAAAGCAACUAGCAGGCUUUUCAUGGGUAAUUCACUCUAAUUCACACAAAAAAAGUGAUGUCAAAAUUUUAUGACACCCCAGCAAUGACCAAUUUUCAUCAAGACAAUGGCAGAUAUACAUGAUAUUUAAUUACUUCUCAUCAAUGACAGUUGACACGGAAGAAUCUCAUGGCAAAGAAUCUUAAAAGACUGAAGAAACAGCUUGAGAGAGAAUAUGGGAAACUGGAAGCUGCCAAGUAUCCUUUUUGAUGUGAAAUUUUUUUUUCUUGAAAAGUUGUGUCAAUUAGUACUUUGUACAACAGAAAUAUAAACUGUGCUUUUAGCAUCUAGAGAGAGACUGAGUUUAAUAGAUGUGCACAAUGGUAUGACAGUAAUUUGAGUGGAUAUAGUUGACUCUGGAUAGUUAAAAUGAUGAAACUGUAAAAACAAGUUUCUCUACUGUAUCUAUAAUUACAAAAUUACAAGGGUAGCCUUUGUAGGAAUCUCAUUGGGAACCACAGAAUCAUUGCUCUCUUAUAUAGAUUUUACUAGAUAUUUCAACAUUUGUAGUCUUUUUGGAAUUCGAAUUAUAGUAGCCUUUCAUUAUACAAAAAGCUGCAUUUCUACAAACUGAUUACCAAGAGUUGCAGGAGUUUUUUACUUCUUACUUUCUUAAUUUUUGAUAAUGUUGUAUGACUGUGUAAAAAUUUUAGUAGAAUAUGUCCAUACUUUUUAGUUCUUAACUGCAACUAGGUGUGACUUUUUCCCAACAACAUUUGAGCUUCCUGUAAGUUUUAAGUCUUUUUGUGUUUUACAGUUAGUACUAAUUGCAAUGAUCUUUUCAUGGCUAUUCAGUGAAUGAUUUAAUUUUGACAGAAAUUUUUAAUGUAUUAUUUUCAGAUCAAAUGUCUUGUAAAUAGUCUCAGCUUAUUAGAAGCUUAGUUCUUUCCAUUUUAUGUGUGAGAAUGUGGUGGUCUGGUGGUGGAUAUGGUUAAUUAGCACUCUGUGUUGUGUUUUUGGGCAAGCCACUCUCACAUUGCCUCUUCCCACUGAAGAGUAUAUUUAACAAAUAGAUUCCAAGUUGCCAUGUGUCUGUUCAGUGAUAGAUCACAGAUGACAUCAAAAGAACAAAAAGAACAAAAAAGUGGCACACAAGGCACAGCCGAACAGACGCACAGCAACUUGGAAUCUAUUUGUUUUAUAUAAUAAAGAAUUAAAAUAUACGGGAAAAAAGUUUUAAUGACGACACCAUCUAUACGUCUGUCCUCCAAUAGAUCAUAAGUGAGAAUCAAUCAGAAUGCAUGCAUAACUGAGCUUAUUAUAUAAUUUGGUAUUUUAAACCUUUCUUGGAUAUAGGAGAUAUAAUUGUUGUAGUGUUACCUGUGAUGCACUAGCAUAGACCCUGACCAAACAGAAAAUCAAAAUGAAUACUAAAUGCCAUAUGGAAAAAAAAAACCAACCAAACAAACAGACAAAUAACCUCUAGCCAUGAUUGGAGCUUCCACUGAACUGAUUUGACCCUCUUUGAAUUUCUUUGCUCUGACUUACUCUGAUUGGCUAUCAUUUUAGAUGGAGUAUCACAUAUUUGUUGAAGAAUUUAAGAGAAACCCUGGUACAACAUGGAUCAUGAAGCCUGUAAGUUUAAGUGUUAUUAAAUGUAUCCUGAUUUAUUCUUUCAUAGUUUCUGUUGGUACUUGAAACUGUGAGGGGUUGGACUCAGGAGUGAAAGUCAAUUAAUAUGUAGUGCGAUCUCCCGCAUAACAAUAAUUCUGAAAAGUGCUUCAGUGUCCAUUAGAGAGGCUGAGAAUUUGUCAAAUUUAGUAUAAGUCACAUCAGAAUUGAGUGAGGAGGUGUUUGUGAGUCAUGUUGUAUGUUCACUUUUUGAAAGCUGAUUGAUCAGGUUUGCAGUGUUUUUUAACCACAUCACUUAAAAAUUAAUUUAUUUGUGUCACUCCAGGUAGGGAAGUCUCAAGGAAAGGGAAUCUUCUUGUUUAGAAGGUUAAAAGAUAUCAUGGACUGGAGGAAGGUUUACUAUUAUUACUUAUGCAAAAUUAUUAAGAAGUAUCAGAGAACAGUUAGAGGUAGACUUCCUGUAAAAGCCACAUCUAUACAACAGCCACAUACAAUGGCCAUUUUUUUCACUGUAGCAUCACUGAGUGACAAACAGACUUAUUGCAAAAUGAUUCAAAAUUAGCUCAUGUAGGAAAAGUAGAUAGUCACUUACAAUUUAAAGAGAGAACCAAUUGUGUAUAGUCCUAAAACUGAACAUAGUAAAGUGAUGGACUUACUCAUUUUGUUUUCAUUUUUGAAACAUUUUUACUUGGCCUGGACAUCAAUCUUUGGCUUUCUUAUUGAUGUGUUCUGAGUAUGCAACAUGUACUGUACAUUCUGUCAGUAAUAAGGGUUUUCUUCAUUUAGUGAUUUCAAAAUUUUUACGUUGUUGAGACUCUUUUAUUUCUGAUCAAUUGCUUUGUUCUUUUAUUUUAGGAAGACCCUUAUCGAGCAGCCAUGUCAGAUGAAAGGGUGAGUUAAGGUGGUUAAUUUUUUUUAGCUUCACUUCUCUUUGCCUUUUGCAGUAAUCUGGCUGACCAUCAUAGUGCCACUGGUGAGUCGUUUGACCCAUUUACUCCUUUCCUUGUGACUUUAUGGCAAUUAUAGGGUUUGAUUCUAAGACUCAAACCAGUGUUAACCUCCCAUCAUUUUUAUUUCUCCCUCUCUUUCUCUUUUUCUUCUGAUCCUUCAACUACCAAGAUCUGAUUGGUAAUUUUCCUAUCUAGCUGCUACACAUAUACUCAUAAAUUAGUAAUGAGAAUUUGGUGUUAGAUCAUCAAGAUAAAAACUUCCUGAUAAGUUUGUACAUUUGCAUAAUCUGUUUGCUGGAUAGCAUUUGGUUAUUAUAGGAAGAAGUUGAUUGUUAAUCACUUCUGGGAGGUAAAGGGUUAAUAUAAUUUUGAUGAGGGUUUUAUUUAUUUAGUGAAAUAACAUUGCUAAUUAUAAUUAUGAAUUUCCUGUUUUACUCUGACUUCAGAAAGAUGAAAAAGAACCACCAGAGGCUUAUAUUGUUCAGCGUUAUGUUGAGGAUCCUUAUUUAAUUGGGGGUAAGUGAGUAAUUACAUUUUAACACAUUAUUGCAAUGGUUUCAAUAACUAAAUGAGUCAUGUACCUCAGUUCUUUGAACUGAUGCCAUUCACAAAACUGUAUUUUUCUUGUUUUACUGUUCUCUGGCAAAUGACUUCCUAAGUAAGGAAGUCCUUGUUGUUAGGAACUGAUUAAGUUUUAAUUAUUUGUUUUUUGUCUUUUGUUACAGGUAGAAAGUUUGAUUUAAGAGUGUAUGUUCUAGUGACAUCAGUGAGUAUUUCUUGAUCAGGUUGUAAUUUUCAUAUGAACAUAGUACAGAGGAACCUGGCAACCCAUGCCAAGCUACUUUGUCUCUUGCUCUGUCUGAUAAUUUGAUGAAACUUAAAACCAACGCGCAAGAGAUAUCAACCAAAUUCAUCUCAAACCCAGAGUCUCCUUGGCUAUGUGCAAGUGUUAUUCACACAAUGAGCUGAAGCAUGCACUGAGCAAGAGCAAACUAUGGUGUAGACAUGCCCGCGAUGCAGUUGGCCACGCAUGCUAAAAGUAGUUCUGUCUUAUGGUAGCACACCAACUUUUCUUGGAUUGAUGGGUUACAGCAUACUAUUAGUUUUUAUAGGUAUGGGACAGUGCUGCAUUUGCCUUGCAUGCCGCAAGCUCCACUAUAGUAAACUUAAUGUUUUAGAGACAUUAGAAUAUCUGAAGUGUAACAUUCAGUAACUCUAUAAUAGUAAGUGAUUAGUGUCUUGUAUGGCCCCCUUCCAUGUAAAAAAUAAUGUAAGGUGUACUCUCACAUCAUCCUGAUGGUCACAUAACUCCAUGGUUUGUAGAGGGGACCUACUAAUUAGGAUUUAUCAUUUCCAGACAAGUAGUACAAAUUUAACGAAGAGUGUUUUUCUCCUGGCAGUAUGCCCCCAUGUGUGCGUGGCUGUACAGAGAAGGAUUUGCAAGAUUUUCAAAUACAAGAUUCUCUUUGGACUCAAUAGAUGACACUUGUAUCCUUUUCCUGUCAAUCCAAAGUGUGAAAGAUGGGCAUGGAAGACAUAUAUAGCCCUGCUGCAUUGUUUACAGAAUUAGCAGCGACAAGCAAAAAUGAAACUAAAGGCUUUACACUUAGAGUGUUUAUUUGGUAUUUUAUUUAUCGAGGAAAACAAAGCACAAAUCUCUAGAUCUAUGAACAUCUUUUAAAUGUCAAUUGUUUCAAAUAUGAUUGUAAAGUUUGAUAUUUAUGAGUUUGAUGCCUACCCUUCUCCUCCCAAUUUAGUGUGUGAGACAUUCAUUUUGUUACCCUUUCACAAGCUCAGCUGAUGAAAAUCCUUGACUUUUAAACACCAGAUGUGCAUCUCACCAAUGUUGCUAUUCAGAAAACUGCUCCUGAUUAUGAUGCUGAAAAGGUAGGCAUGAUAGAAGAUGCAAUCAUGCAAUAGUGUAAGGGAGGUUUAGUGGAAGACUGAUACCAAGAGCAGAAUGACAUAAAAAUGGAAUGUUAUCAAUAACAGUGUUUUUACACCUUGUUGAGUAGAAAUUGAUUCACUGAUUUGCAUAUUGGAAACAGAGGGAAGAAAACAUAGUGUGGUUCUGAUAUGAACUGGCUUUUUGAGGGGCAUGAUCUACAGAAUUUUUCUGUUGUUAAGUACUUGAUUCCAUUGACGUUGCUUGUUUGAGUGAGCAAUCCACUAAUUUGUAAUUAACUUUCAAGUGACUAUUUCCAGGGCUGCAAGUGGUCUCUACAACAGCUUAGGAGGUAUCUUGUGGCCAAGCAUGGUUUGGAAAAGGUUAGAAAAGGGGGCUAGAAAUAAAUUUUGGCUGACUUAAGUGUGUAUGUCAAAGUUUAUGUAAUGUUGUUAAAGGGUCUAAGAAGUACUAAGCAAUUAUACCUGGUUUUAUUGUCCAUGUUCAUGUACCUUGUGUAACGUAAUUGUUUAAUGUCUGAGGGAUACAGAAAUUAUUGUAUUAAUAGUUUGUUACCAUAAUUCUAGAGACCAUAUCUAAUUUAUUUGAUUUAUAAUGCCUUAUCUCAGGUUGAGACCUUGGUGAGGGACAUGGAUAACAUCUACAUUAAAAGUAUACAAGCUGUUCAAAAAAUUAUGAUCAAUGAUAAACACUGUUUUGAGUUGUAUCCUUUGAGUAUAACAGAUUGCAGUAUUUAUAAUGUGCAUCAUGGGUUAAUGGAAGCUUCUAGAUAGCCAACUGACUUGUGGGAAAUCCAAGGAAUGCCUUACCAAGUGUUUCAUGUAGUUGAUGACGCUGUUUACAUAACAAUUCCUCUUAUAAUAGAGGUUUUUUUUGUGGUGUUUCUUCCUUAACAUGGACUAGAUAUGGUUAUGAUAUUCUAGUAGAUUCUAAACUAAAACCGUAAGUUCAUUUUAAAUUAUGCUUAUAAUGAACCACUUACCCUUCUCAUCCUAAUGUCAGUAGACAUAUUCUCCAUACUGUUCUCCAUAUGUAUCCUAAGGUUCUGACAAAGAGAAUUUGUUUAACAAUCAAGAGCUUCUUUAGUUGACCAUUCCCUUUAUUCUUAUAACCUUAAUGUGUGAUUCAGGGGUGAUAUUGUUGGGAGAAAUUGGAUGCUAGUCACUCUUAGGGUCAAAGGGUUAAAAUUGUGUACCACAGACCUUUUUCAUGACGCUGGGUAUUAUUUCAGGUGUUGUCUAGACAACCAACAUAGCUCCUCAUAAAUUUCUCAUCAGCAUCUUUGAGGUACCUCACAACUUUCACAGACUUAACACCCUCCAUUAAACAUAGGCCAAAUUCUAUAGAUGAUGUAAUGAGAAUUUAAUCUUUUUAGCUGGUUGAUUGAAGUGAAUGCAUCACCAUCACUGACUGCAAGCAGUCAAUCUGACUAUGAACUCAAGUGUCGUCUGCUGGAGGAUAUGUUGCACAUUGUAGACAUGGAAAAUAGGUACAAUCUGCAAUGUUUUUUGUCACAGUCAAUGUCUUUAGAGUUUAGUUGAUAAAUAAGUGGUAAUCGUGGGUUUCUGAGUAGUUAUUGUCCUGGUUUUGCAUAUGAUUUUUGUCUUAAACUACUGAAUGGACUGGAAAAUUGAAAAAAAUACUCAUGUUAUGAUAAUUUUGUGUUAUAAUGUUGUCUGUCAUUUAAAAGUUUGAAUACCACAAACAGGUUCACCGUCAGAUGGUGUGAACAUCAACAAGUUAGACUGGAUUGUUUAGUCAUUGUCAUAAGAACUGAGAAAAUUUUAAAAGGAUCAAAUACAGUUUAUUAGCAUUUAAUUUAGCAGUGUUCUUAGUGGAAUUAGUUUGGGUGCAGUUGUUUGAUCUUGAUGUCACAUUCAAGUUUCACAUUAUGUGUAUUUUUUCACAUUGAGACUGACAGGGAGAGAGAAACGUGUAGGAGGUUUUGACUUGAUGUGGAAUGAUGGACCAGUCUACAUGGAUGAUACCAGUGGAGCAGAUUGUAUUCCAAAUCCUCCAUACCCUACAAAUACUUUCUUAGGUGAGAUUUCAUGCUACUGUUGUUUAGAAGCACUUUGCAAAUAAACAGUAUAAAAUAACAAAGUUGACAUCUGACCACCGAGUCACUAGGGACUAGGGGUAUAGUGAAACUUGCCUCUGUGCUGCAGAGAGAUGCUGUAUUAUGAGAACUUAUCACAAAGCUACAUUGUUUCCAGAAGUCCCCUGCAGUAAAAUUGUCAGGUAUAUUCCCCCUUGGCCAUCUGACCCAAAUUUCUGCACUCCAAAACUUUGUAAACCACAGUCAUAAUAAUUUCUCAUAAACUUCAGGAUGUGACAACAGUGAUCGUGACAAACAACUGAAGCAAGUGUUCAAGAAUGCCCAGGCCAUCAAGAAGACGUGAUAAUGAAUAACAGCCAGAAUAGCCUGCUAUCAGUGGUUAACACAUUUAAUACAAGCGAGGUGUAAGAAAAUCCACAAUCAAGUCCACUUUUUAAGUCUUCAGAAUUGUUCUUUAUCAUAGGCUUCAGUUCUUCCAAGGUUGUAGUAUAUGUACAUAGUAAACAAAUUUUGUAAAGCAGAAUGGGAGGGGUGUUGUAAAUGUCACAUUUCUAAAUCGAAUGAAGAAAUUGCAUGAAAAUGAAAAAUUAGAUAAGUUAGUUAUUUAUUUUCAGUGUGG